CGCGAAAUCAGCGGUCACCCACUUCGGAAGAUUCAUUCGGGCAACAGAACAAAACUUCUAGUGCGAAUGAAACUUCUACAGGAGCACUAGAAUUUCGACCUGCUAGUCGGACGGCAGCUACGACAACAACUACGGCACAUACAGCACAGGAACAAGAAGUCUUGGAGAAGUCACUACCUCCAUCGCUUUUCAUAGACGGUGCAGGGCUGAGUGCUGGUACGAAAAGAACAAGCAGAACAAGUGUAGAACAAGGAAAAGACGGGAAUCAAGGAGACCGAGUAAAGGAGCCAGUAGUCCUAAGCGGGCAGCAUGCUUCCGGCGGUGCGCUCGGCUUAGACGCGUCAAGGGAUGAGAGCUAUGUGGACGAUGCGAGCUCGUCUCCGGCAGCAAAAAGAGCUGCUGCACUAGCGCGAGCAGAGGGAAGAAAGAUGAUGGAUGAAAAUAGUGGCAAGAAUUCUAAGGGAGAAGAAGUACCAACAGAGAAAAACGCUAGGGCAUCCCAAGAAAGUCCUCCAAGUAGGAGUAGUAACGUUGCUGGCUCGCCGACUUCAGAUGUCGCGUUUGGAGACGUAGCGCGGGAAGCGGCUGAGCAAAUGAUAGCAGGUGGACUCGCACUGGAUGACUCAGUGUCAGUGGUAAUUUCUCCUGGUGUUGCGUCCUCCUAUGCAGGGACGCCUCUAGCGGCCGCUUUAGCACCGCUUUCGGCACGCGGGGUAAAGCCUGCCCUCGACUCCGUACUAGAAGAAGACGGCAGCUCAGUAGUUACCGGAUCAGCAGAGGCGAAUAGCAGGAACUACAAAGUCGAUCUGCAACACCAGUCCACUUCUUCACCGUCUUCACCAUCACCGAGUAGGAAAACUGAUACUAAUAUAAUCAAACAUCACGAAGAACAUGAACAACAAAGAAGUCGAGGAAAUAUGAAGGACGACGCAGGCGAGGACGCAAGCACUUCCGAGGAGGAAGGAGAGGUUGCGCUUAAGGAAGUAAAUUUGCAGGGGCCACCGAAGCAUGAAGGAGGUAAUGUGGCCUCAGUGCUAGCAGCCUUUCAAAUGGGGAUAGAUGAAAUUGAAGAAAAUCCGUCGGGAGCAACUAAAGAUGGUGACAAAGAUCAUGGAGAUGAUGGGGUUGCGGAGCAGAUUACAACUGCCACUGAAGUGUCUCCUGGUCCAUCAGUGUCGACGAGUCCUUCACGAAAUCAGGCUAAACCGCUACAGAGCGAUUUGGACGAGGUCGACAUGGACUUGUUAAGGCUUCCCCUAAUUCAUCUUCGCCAGCAUCUCUAUUCAUCUUCGGAAGCAUCUUAGAGACGUUUUGAAGGAGGAAACGGUCAUCUCAGGAUGGACUUCAAGAUGGACCACUCGGGUGAGCUCUAAACUUCGACUUGGAGGCGCACUUCGCCAGUAGGAGUGUACUGGCUAAUGGCGGUGCUGGUGGUUCCUCCUCAACUACAUCGCGGCGACCCCCUACAUCGGGUCAACAUCAGACGACCCGCGGCGUGUCUGGCCACAACAGCGUCGGCGUGCGAGGAUUGCUGAACCACGGCGACGAGAGCGUAGCGAACAAGAAGGCUAACGAAUUUAUCAUGAGCAGCAAGCCAGCUGGGAAGACAAAGUUUGUGGCUAGGCAGGACACAUUCGAAGCAGCGAUGAGGCAGAAAAUGCAACAGAAUAAAGCAGCAACAUCAAACAAGGGAGCAAAGGACCAGUCGGCUGCUUCAUCUACGAAAAGACGAAAAGCAAAAGGUGCUUUAGGCGAAGGAGUAGAUGAAGCCGACGACGUCCAGAACAAUUCCGAGAUGGAUAAUCCUGUUGUUUCGCAAUCCUCAGAAGCUCUUUCAGGAGCAGCAGCACCAGAACCAGAUACAGAGAUGGAUAUGGACUCUCUAGGCUUGUCCUCAGCUUCGCGCUCGCCCACAAAUGGAAAUGGAGGAAACACAUCUUCUGCUCCUUCAGUGGGUAAAAAUGCUGGGUCGUUCAAGAUGGGUGGUGGCGCUUCUUCAUUAUUGUCCCAGUACCGCAACACGGAUCUGAAGGAAAAUCUGGAGCGGCGUUUACAACGCGAAAUACUAGAGAGUCGUCAAGGAGGACGCCAUAAAGAGGCGAAAGCGGAAGGCGAGUACAUUCAUAUGGAUCAUUUCUACUAAAACCUAAAUUAAUUGUAGCUCCUUUUUGUCCAACAAUCUCAAGCACUAAGACUCAAGGUUGACAAAGACGCUCCAGUAUUCUCAAUUUUCGAUCUUGAAAAGAACUUUGACUUUCAUCCUAGAAGCUCCUCCUCCUCCAUCACCACCGAAAGCAAGACUCGAAAAUACAAUAAAGGUCUUUCCCGAGCAGCGACCUCGCUGCAGGAAAUGGGAAUCUACAUGAGAGACCUGCGGUGGAAGGGGUGGAUGAGGCUGAGGCCGAAGAGCGAAGACUCUGGGAGGAACUGGAGCGCGCACCUAAGCCCAAAAAGAUGGGAAUACAGCCAGUGACCGAGAAUAGCCUCGUGUCGCACAGGGAGUUUGUCCAAGACUACAUCAUGAAACUGGUACUCGUAGACAUUAAGAACGGAUGGGUGGAUACAACCCUUUUACAACGAAUUCUUUUCGAUCUCCAUGUUCAUUAGAAGAACUACAAGUGUAAGUGGCAAAGUAGUAGCUGCGUAAUCGUAACUGACUUACUUACUCCGUAUCCCUUACACGACCAGGAUAUCUCAUCGUACCCUGAGGGAGAGGAGGAGAAAGGGGGCAAGCUUUGUUGUCUGGAGGUUGGGUCAUCGUUGCGUGGUGAUCUGAUGGCGGAGAAAAAGCUGUUGUGGACUUUGGCCUUUCGAACCGAUUUUAGUCCUUCUUCUGAGCCUAUGCAUCAUCGUGCCUUGGGAACACUAUACCGAAAGCUAACGCACAGUCCGGCCGCGCCACUGCUUGUUGACUCGAGGUGGGAAGUGCUGGGAUUUCAAGGUAUUUUAGCCUUUGUUGAGUCUGGAAGUCCGAGCAGAUGUAUACGUUGUGAUUAGGCAUACGUCGAGCGACCUUCAACUUGAUUGAUGGAUAACAACGAAGGAGGAAGACUUUUCUGAUCUACCACUGCUUUUAGGUACGAAUCCUAGCAGUGAUUUAAACCGAUUUGGAGGGCUGUGCAAUGUAUGGCACGCUGUGCGGUUCUUGUGGCGUGACGCUGCCUUGUUGGAAAAAAUAUGGCUGCUCUCGCAAAAUGGCGCACAGGAGUUUCCCUUUAUGUGCACCAGUAUUCAACUGACGAAACUGAGUCUCGAUAUUCUCUUUCCGCCGCAUCUCACAGAUCGCGGUGCAUCUGGAGGAGUCAAGGUACCUACUUCAACAUCAAAACAAAGAUUUAUAGAUUAAAUUUAUUGCACUAAUGCUGUGCAAUUGUUGCUGCAUACGUGAAUACCUGUAGGUCGCUUGAUUUGCAGGUCGCGCAACAGGAAAAGGCAUUUAAGAUUGAAAAUCGUGAAGACGUUAAAGACAAAUAUUAUAUAUAAAUAGGGCUCGGGUUGUAGAACAACAACAACGACAGCACUGCACGAAUAUCGCGCUACACAGGUAACGGAUAUCUAUCGAAGUGCGCGGUCGAAGCUCCUGAGGUUUUUGAGUUCACGCGGUACGGUGCUGGAGGGUCUCGCGUUAUUCCAAAACUCAAUGCUCUAUGGUUUUUAUGACCGAUGGUCUCGAGAGAUGCUCACUAUCAUGGACUUUGGUCGCGUUGCCAAGGAAAUCGAUACAGCGGCUGCGCGAGAUCCGAUAGGUACUUCUAGGAUGUUUGUUCUUCUCGUAAAGAUCAUAGCUUUCUGUGGCACUUAUAUAUAAGUCUACUGCUCAUCUUUGUUCUUGCACAGGACCUAGCAUGUUUCUGUGGUGUCUAAGGCUGCUCAUUUUGGGAGCGUUGUGUAGUAGAGAAAAGCGCACUUGGACUUGUGUCCUCUCUCUCUCUCUCUCACGACAGGUUUUGUCAACCGGUACGAGGAAUAUGUCGCAGAGAACCGGAGAGCCAACGAUCCUAGCCGCUUGGAGUUUACGGAUCUGGAUCGAAGAGGUGGUAGUCAAAAGCAAGUAUCUCGGGAAGACGCCCGGCGUUUGCGACAGUAUGCUCAGGCUGAUUGAUCCGCUGCAAGUUCAAGUUGACGGUAAAAUUAACGACUGCGUUUGCGAUAGUUGUAGGUCGAUCAAGCGGUCAGAGGUCGGUCAUUCAUUCAUCGAGCUAAAAACAUCAGAAAAAAGUACCCAUUUGGAUAUCAAAUAAGCGUAAUUCGUCUCCUCGAUACUAGCCUGCUCGCUCGCACUGUUUCUCUCGCAAAUCAAUCGCCUACAGUCAUUUUUAGGAGCAAGAAUUAUCAUUGAUUCGGUCCUUCAUUUGUUUUAAGUAGCUGAUGCUUCGCGACGGGCUCGUUUUCUCUCCUCGUGCAAGCUGCUCGCGCUUAUCAUGGACUUUCUCAAGAUUAGAUAAGUGUAUGAUUAUGUUGACAAAAUUCAUGGAUAAUGCUGUCGGGAGCUAGAAGAGUCACGCCUAAAAUGCACAAAGUCAAUGUGAUGCUGAAAAAUUUGAUUGAAAGAGGAACUACAACGUGCUUACUGUUGUAGUCUGUAGGCAGAGUGAGUGGUGUCCCACAG